ACCACGUUUUGCGUUCCCACACAAUCCUGUGUGUUUUCACGGCAAGCAAGUCCAGGACUACAGUCUGUAGUUCGCGCACAAAUCGUGUCUACAAGAAGUAAAGAGAGAGAGAGAGGAGCGACAGCGAAGCAAUCGCUGGACUACUGAAUCGGCACUUCUUUCUCUCUCGUUCUUUCCUGCAAGACUCACCGCUCGGUGUCUAUCUCUUCUUCCACCUGACGUGAGAGGAGAGAGGAGGAAGGAAUGGCGGGGCUGAUACAGGUCAGAGAGCGACCUAGAACGGCUCCCGUGACAACGACUCCGUCCUACACGAUAACUGACAACGGCAACACUACAAUGAAGGUGGUGGUCAGAAUAAGACCGGAGAGUCAAGCUGAAUCUUCAAGUGGAGCAGCAAUCAUAACUCGUGUCCUCGAUUCUCACGUCCUUGUCUUUGACCCUAAACCUGAAAAUCUUCCUUCAUUCAACUCACCUCUUAACAUAUUCAAGAAAAGAGCCCCUAUUCUGGGCAGGAAGCACAGAGACCUCAGAUUUGCCUUUGAUCGAAUCUUCGACGAAACUUCGACUCAGCGAGAUGUCUUUGAGGAGUCCACCAAGAACAUUGCUGAGAGCGUGCUGGAUGGAGUUAACUGCUCCGUGUUCGCUUAUGGAGCCACUGGAGCAGGUAAGACCCAUACGAUGCUGGGUGCAGCUGGCUCUCCGGGGGUCAUAUUCCACACCAUGUUGGAACUGUAUCGCUGCAUCGGACGAUUGAAGGACGAAAAGUGCUUCGAGGUGGCCGUCUCAUAUUGCGAGGUUUACAACGAGACGAUUCGAGAUCUGCUGAACUGCACAAUCGACGGAGGUUCUCUGGAGCUGAGAGAGGACUCGAAACACGGUCUGGUUGUCAGCAGACUCUCCAGACAUCAGCCAAAGACAGCAGAAGAACUGCUCGGCAUGUUGGAAAGCGGCAACAAGAACAGGACGCAACACCCGACAGACGCCAACGCCACUUCUUCCAGAUCACACGCAGUGUUUCAGGUAUACGUCCACCAGAGACCGCGAACAGCUGCAAUAACUGCUCAAAUGACGUGUGCCAAACUCUCGCUCAUCGACCUCGCGGGGUCAGAGCGCGCUACCGUGACGACCAACAGAGGGGCGCGGCUAAGAGAGGGUGCCAACAUCAACAAGUCUCUCCUGGCGCUCGGGAACUGUAUCAACGCUCUCGCCGAGAACAAGACCAAGUCGGUCCACAUUCCGUACCGGAACAGCAAGUUGACCAGACUGUUGAAGGACUCGCUGGGAGGGAACUGUAGAACGGUCAUGAUCGCCAACAUCAGUCCAUCCAGUCUGACAUAUGAGGACACUUACAAUACUCUGAAAUAUGCUGACAGGGCCAAGCAGAUCAAGACCAAGGUUGUGAGAAAUGUUCUGAAUGUUGAGUUUCACGUCAGUCGGUAUCGAGUCAUCGUUCACGAACUACAACAAGAGAUUGCCGAGUUGAAGUGUAAGUUGGCUGACGGUAUUAAGCCACCACCACCAGUUGUCAAACAGCCUCCAGAGACAAGUGAUGAAUCCAAGAGACUCCAGGACCUCGUCAGAAGGGUGUACGGAGAGCGACUGAGACUGAGGAAGCACAUGGUAGAUCUGGACACCCAGGAGAGAGAAACACUUCUCAGGAUCUGCAGAAAGGAGAGGGACCUUCAUCGAAUUGACACUCUGACUGGGAAUGAUGCCAAGAAAGCAAAACUGGCGGCGAAGGUGUCAGAGCUACAAAGGCAGAUUGUCGACGUCGAGAGACAGAAACAGAUGAUCCAUGAAUACCUCUUCUCCAACAACGAGGCAGUGUCCAGGGUUCAGAGAGAGGUCACUAGAUCUGCCUCUGACUCGGCGGGUAUGCAGGAGCUCAUGCGAGAGGUGGUCGUGGGAAGGAAGCUGGAGGCAGAGAACGCCCACCACUGGCGGCAGACCAAACAUCUGUUGAGAUACAUCAAGGCCCAAGAGAGGGAGAUCGGGAAGACUGAGAGAAUUCUGCUGCUGGCUCUAGAGGUGGCGAGGAAGCAACAGUCACUCCUGCGAGCACACAGCGCCCUCACACCGUCUCUGCGAGAAAUCUUCUCCAAUCUCGUGCACGCCGCGGAGGGAGAGAAGGGGGUCGCCUGGGCCGACAUGAACGCGUCGUUGGGAGCCAGGGGCUCCUUUCGAGAGACGCAACACGAAACAGUCAGCGUCGCCGGGUUGUCAGUUGCACAGAAAGCAUUGUUUGACACUUUUUUAGUCCACGCUUCCCCGGCCCGACGACUCAGCUUGGACAAACACAGUCCCGCUGUGGUCCAGAAACCAGUUGCAGGUAUACUGACAAAGACGGGGUCGACGGCUAGCAAUGGGAGUGGUGCGAGCACCGCGACGACCGACGGGAGCGAGACGACGAGUGCGGGAGGGGACAGCGGUGUCGGAGUGGGGAAAUUGGCAGCAGUCGAACGAUCGAACUCAGACGCCUCUUCGGUGGUGUCCAGUCUCCUCAGCAGUCGUCUGUCGUCUAUUCCAGACAAACCACGUAUGCCUACCCCCAUAGACGACCUAUCGUCUUCUUGUAGCUCCAAUAAUUCUAUAUACGACACUCGCCUCAAUACAGUUCUUAACUCUUAUCACCAGAAACCAAACUCUGCCUCUUCUUCCGUGUUUCGUUCCACGGCGGCUGGCUCGGGCAGAUACACCAAACUUCCCAACUCACGUGGAGGUACUCCGACUCCAGUGGGGUACGAUUCACCCCAACCUACUCCAAGAGGUACCCCAGAACCUUACCUUACUCCGCUACCCUCCCUACACAAACUGACACUCACGCGGCAAAACUCUGAUCUCUACAAGAUGAGUCGCAAUGAAAACGGAACGACGUACACCUCGCAGCCUCCCACGCCAUCCUUCACUGCCAACUCUAGAGCUACUAAUGGUCACCCUGGACUCACUAGCAGUCACAGUAGCUCUAGCAUCACCGGUGUAUCUACUGCCGCAUCGUCCAGAGUUCUAUACGGCACAAGCGGAGGGGAAGAAGGCUAUCGUGCCAGUAAGUUGAAUUGGGAAAAGCCGGCUUCUACAACCUCGGCAUUUUCGCACGUUAACCAGCCGGGUUCUUUGAUGGCUCGGUUACAAGUCCCGCCGCGAACGUCUACCUCGCAAGCGGUGCCGUCUUCUGCCGCCUACAUGCAGUUCGUUGCAAACGCUACUAGAGUACAGUCUGCCCCAGUUCCCCCACCUCGACUCCACUCGACCGGGAAGACAACGUCGAAACUCCUCCCUCCUCCCGUUCCUACUCCACCCUUCCCUUCAAUGGGCAGAUUCGAAGACAAUUUCGUUUCCGCGUCGUCCCAUCAAAUCCAUCCGUUUUCCGUUUUCCAAAAACGCCACCCCCCAGACUACCACCAAAGGGAUUACAAUCUCCGCCAAUGAAACCUCAAACUUGUCAACGUGACAAAGAUGGGUCGUUAAGAGGAGAAAUGAAGGAGCUACUCUCGGGGAGGGAGAGCUCGGCCUCGUCCCAUUCCAGUUCCAGUACCGUGAAGAGUAUGGAACCAAAUUCCCAGCGUUUCAGUUCCCCGGCGGUGGUAACCGUAGAGACGCAUUCGACGGUUGUAAGCGUUCGUUCUCCGUUGUCCCCUUCUUCGCCGCUCCCCACAACUCGCCACUCUGUCAAUAUCGGAGUUAACCACACCCACCACCAUCACAGGGAGUCGUCCGGGGAACAGUUGCCGUCGACAACACAGAGGUCGCGACCUCCGGCAUUCGUCCCUCCACCACCUUUCAACCCGACCGCCAAUCACAAUGCCUCAACCUCUUCAGUAUCUACCACCACGAAAUGCACUUCGACCUCCCCCAACACAUCGUCAUCCUCCAAAAAACACACAACGAGCAACGAGAAAGGAAGAGAGCGAGAAAACCAAAGAUUAAGAGAUGUUAAAACGGCGGGGGAAAGUUCCCAGCUGAAUUCGACUUUCACGGUCGCGUCUCACUUGAAACGCGGGAGCAGUUCGUCCAACUCUUCGUCUACUAUUGGAAGCAGUAGUGAAAGUGGUACUGGUGGUGGUGGUGGGAGUGGGUUAAAGAGGCAGCAUGGCGUUUGGGGAGUCAGACCUGUUCCCGGAGCUCUGAAGAUGCUGCACGUCAACUCUCCUCACGCUCUGGACGAGAGAGAUCGGGGGACUCCUUCUGUUGCUGAUCUGAUGGCUAAGAGUAGGAAAGUGAAAGGACUUCCAAACUACCUCCAACUGACAAAAGCUGCAGCCUCCAAAAGAGUCUCCAAGCCACUCAACAAGGAGAAUGGUGCAGCAGCUCAUCAUCCACUGAAAAAGACCGCGCCAAGUCGAGGCUACAGGGGUCCACUGAUGGUGCAACCAACAUGUUGAGCAGAUCUGUUUUUCACUCACUUCUCUACACUUUUGUUUAGUUUUGUAUGUUAUUAUUAUAGUUCUGUUAUCCUUUUGUCGUGUGAUUAAUUUUAGAUCUGCGCAUGCGCAUUUUGCUAUUUUAAAAUCCCGAAAACUUCCGUA